AGGAGAUCGUGUCUCAGCGCAAGGGGACUGCGUUCUUUUCUCCAGCUCUCGAGACACUCUGUUGACGACGUGCUGAAACAGCGGUUGAACUCUUUGACGUCACGCUCUGUUAAGAGUAGCACGAGAGGCGACAUCUCGUGCUCUUCGUUCCUCGAUGGCGUUGUGUUUCCAGCGUGGAAAGCCAGGCUGGCGGCGAUUGAGUACUGUGAGGGCGAAGCUUCCAAAUUGGAGCUGGAGCUCAAGUCGAGCCAGACGGAUCCCUCUGUUGAGAAGCACGUCAUUGAGAAUAAAGAUUUGAGGCUUGAUCCAUACGCUCAGAAGGACUUGGACCAUGAGAGCCAGGCAAAGACUGAGCAGAUCGAUAGCUUGCGCUCGUGGAUUCAAAACGAACGGGACAUCGAGUCCAUUGUUCAAACCAGAAGCGUACAAGUACUGACAGAUUACUGUGGCUGGAAGGACUGGUUGGAUGAAUUC